CCGAACAAAAAAACCUAACCGCGCAACCCAAAAGAAGUGAGCUCAGCCUCACCCCAUUCAAAAUCUCGGUCACGAGUCACGAUUUCGUCCGAUGGUACUUUAUUCUAAAGUAAUAAUAACAAUAAUAAUAGACCCAUUCGACGAACGAACAUUUGGCUCCUAUAAAUACAAGCCUCUCAUUUUCACUCUCCUUAUCUCUCUCUUCUACUAUCAAAACACAUCACUGCCCUUGCACUCGGCUCAUACCAAUCAAUCAAAAUCCCCAAGAAAAUAUUAAAAAAAAUGAGCUCUCAGAUUUUCAGAUCUGCUUCUAGAGCCGCCAGGUCUCUCCUUUCAGCAUCCAAGGCUUCUCGCUUUUACUCUGAAGGGCGAGCUGUAGCUGCCGCUGCAGCAGUUUCACUUGGCGGUAAAGUGCCUCUUUUGGCUUCAGCUUAUGGAAGUACUGCUUCUGCCAAUGCAUCUAGAGCAUGGCUUUCAGGAGUUUUUGCUCUUCCAGUGGCAGCUUACAUGCUUCAGGAGCUGGAGGUUCAUGCUGCAGAGAUGGAGCGCACCUUCAUUGCUAUCAAGCCAGAUGGAGUGCAAAGAGGGCUGAUUUCGGAGAUCAUCUCUCGUUUUGAGCGCAAAGGGUUCAAGCUUGUGGCUAUCAAGUUGGUAGUUCCUUCAAAGGAGUUUGCCCAGAAACAUUAUGAUGACUUGAAGGAAAGACCCUUUUUCAAUGGCCUGUGUGAAUUCCUCAGCUCUGGCCCUGUUCUUGCCAUGGUCUGGGAAGGAGAGGGAGUGAUCAAAUACGGCCGGAAACUCAUUGGAGCAACAGAUCCUCAAAAAUCAGAGCCUGGAACCAUCAGAGGUGAUCUAGCAGUGGUUGUCGGAAGGAAUAUAAUUCAUGGGAGUGAUGGUCCUGAGACUGCCAAGCAUGAAAUCAACUUGUGGUUCAAGCCACAAGAGUUGGUUAACUAUACAAGCAACGCUGAGAAAUGGGUCUAUGGAAACAACUGAUGAGGGCAUGUUUUUUCAAGUUAAUCAGUAGUAGUUCAGGAAAAUUUAGUCCCACAUCAGGUGUGGGUUAGAGGCAUAAUUUUUUAGAAUAAAUGCGUUUUAUGGAGGUGAGGAGCAUUGAGCCAAAAGCUUUGAUUUUUGUUAUAGUUAAACUAGUGCUCAAAAAAUAAUAUCUUUUUCUUUUCUUCAGACUCAAAAUAAUAAUCCCUUUCACCUGUUUAAUAUAGGGUGGAAAUACUGCACUUUUCCCAUUUAAUUAUUUCUCCUAGGGCUUAAGUUUUUGAACUUGUUUUGAUAAGGGAAUGACUAUUAUAAUGUUAUUUUUAAGUCCAUGGGUAAAAA